CGCAAUGCAGGGUUGUUGGGAUCAAAGUUUCAGAAAAAAGGAAUUUGUUCGCUGACUGUGCGAGAGUGAGUGCCUUCAGAAACCUUAACGUGGAUGUUCUAGCACUUGUUUGAACAAUGAACGGCAACCUGGUUGCGUGGAACGAUGUGAGCGGUGCCGUGAGUAAUGAUGCACGUGAGGAACAAACUCACUGAGACGUCGCAGCUGUGGACAGCGACAUCAUGGCAAAUGGAGUGAUACUAUGUUAGCACAGCUACUGUUGCCUAGUGAGCAGAAAUGUACGAGAACUUGAACACAAGAGCUGUGACGCCAGAAUCCACCAUGGACUCGCUGUCUGGCUCCAGGACCUCCUCCCUCUCCAGCUUCCACAUCCCCAAGGGAAGCUACUGCGCCACCAAGCUCAACUUCCAGACACAGCACGGGCGCCACUUCCUGCUGGCCAUCCUCCUCAGUGUGGGUUUUGUCCCCGUCCUUACUUUGCUCAUCCAGAACUUGAUCCGCGUCUCCGCCGCUUCCAAGACCCUGACACUGAACAACGAGGCGCUGGCCAUCGUCGAGGCGGCCCUGGGGGUCAAGGAGGUCAUCUACAGCCUGCAGCUAGAGAGGGGCUACUCCUCACUCUACGCCAGCUCGGGUGGGGAUAUCGAGGUGAGGAACGCCAUGCUGUCUCAGAGGAUGCACGUGGACGAUACCUUGUUGGGCCUGAGUCUGUGGCCGGGCGAGAGCCAGGUGGGCAACACGACCCGGAUGUCUUCCCUUAGGGCACAGAGGGAGUCGCUUAUUCGAUUCCGGCACGAUAUCGACGUGUCCAACAGCGGCGAGUACGAUAUCGUGGACUACUUCAGCGGAGACAUCUCGGUGUUUCUGGCGUUCAUGGGGACGCUUGUCCGUUCUGUCGGCGUGGCUGGGGCCAUCUGGCCACGUAUUGUGGCCUUCAUCAGCCUGUCCCACAGCACAGAGGAGGCGGGCCAAGAGAGGGCCAAGGGCGCCAUCUUCUUCUCCACGGGCCCUGGAAGAUGUCUCACUAACAAGGCAAUCCCCAAAGGCCGGAUUGGAUACCAGCAGACGGUGGUAGGGGAGAGCAUCAAGGAAUGGGUACUGGCGUCAUCAGAUGAGCAGAGAGAGGCUACGAGGCUCAGCUCCACGCUGCUAGUCAUGGAGUUUGUGUCUUUCCCCAUCUUCACAUUGUUGACCAUACGUCUGAUUGCUGCGUUGCUGAAAGGUCAAGAGAUCCCCCCGGAAGAAUACCCCUCGGCCACCGUCUGUUUCUCCGGAAUCUGGGGCUUCGAGCGGCUCAGCCGUCAGAGCUCCGGCGCCAGCAUCAUCUACUUCAUCAACCGACUGUUCGACAUCAUGGACGACGAGAUCACGCGACAUGACGUGUUUAAAGUGGAGACAGUCGCUCUGUGCGUUCACCUGUCCUCAAGCGCUCGGGACCUGCUCGUUCACACAGGGACUCACCUCGUCACGCCCAGGGGGAAAAUCAAUAUCAAGGGCUGGAAGAUGCUGGUGGUCAAAUCUACAGAGGUGGCUCAAAGGUCAGCUAGACUACACAUGGUGACGGUGAAGAUGAUGGUGAAGGUGAAGAAGAAGGUGAUGGUGAAAGUGAAGGUGAACUACCAGAUGUGCAUCUCUCCCUGUUUCCCCCACAAGUGA